AGGGAGAGACCACACUUUCUCUCUCUAGAAUUCUCUCUCUCUCUCUCUCUCUCUCUCUCUCUCUCUCUCUCUCUCUAAGUCAUUAUUAAGAACGGUUUUUAUGCAAGUUUCUUCUUCUUCUCUUUGCUCUUGGUGGUUCCUAUUAUUUCUCCUAAUUGAUUUCUGCUACCCUUCCUCAUUUCUGGUUGCCUUACCCACAUACACUCUUGCUCUCUUUCUCUCUCUCUAAAACAGAUUCACUCCCUCCGCAAUAUUCAAUCUCUCUCUAUCUCCAAAUUUUACUAUCUAAUCAUUCUUGUCUUUUGUCUUGGCGUCCCCGAGCAUGUUCUUUUAAUGCCCAGCUUUGAAUUCUUCUCCUUUGUCUUGAAUUAUUUUUUUUUUAUUGCAUCAUUGACUUGUUUUUUCCUAUUUCAAUUGGUUUUUGCUUCAUUCUCCAUCCAUAAGGCUUGAUCUGAACAAGAAUUGUUGUGUUGGGCGCACCAGUGAAGAUUGGAAUUAGGAUCGAGAUUGUUGUUUGAUCAAUAUAAGGGUGAAUUUGGUUGAUUGAUUGCAUCACUGGGCUCUGACUUCCAAAGGAUUUAUCGGUUCUUCACCAAUCAGUUCUUACGGAUCCAUCUUCUGAGAAUAGUGGUUGCUAUUGUCUGGCUGGUCUGGAGUGCAUAUUAAAUAUUAUCAGGGCCCUCAGGAUGGGGUCCUGCUUGUCUGCAGAAAGCAGGAGCCCUCGCCCUGGUACGCCUUCCUCUCCUGCUUUUGGGAUAAGGAAGAGGAAGAACUCGAAGAAGCGACCAGGGUCACGGAAUUCUUCUUUUGACUAUAGGAGGGAAGAGCCACUUCAUCGGAUUCCGGGGAGGUUGUUCUUGAAUGGGUCGAGCGAUACUGCUUCACUGUUUACCCAACAGGGCAAGAAAGGGACCAAUCAAGAUGCCAUGAUUGUUUGGGAGAACUUUGGAUCAAGGACAGAUACAGUAUUUUGUGGAGUUUUUGAUGGCCAUGGUCCUUAUGGUCAUAUGGUUGCUAAAAGAGUGAGGGAUCACCUUCCCUUAAGACUGAGUGCUCAUUGGGAAGUCAAUAUAACUAGUGAGGAUGUUCUCAAAGAGAUUAGCCUUAAUACUACUGGAAGCAUGAAUUCUGAAGACACUGCUUUCAUAUCUGCUGAUGAAGAAUCUAGGGCUUCUGUUGAUCUUGAGGACACUGAAAAGCAUCCAGAUUUUUUUCAGACACUGAAAGAGUCAUUUCUCAAGGCUUUCAAAGUCAUGGACAGGGAACUGAAAGUGCACACAAAUAUUGAUUGCUUUUGCAGUGGGACUACAGCAGUUACAUUGAUCAAGCAGGGCCAGUAUCUUGUCGUCGGUAAUGUUGGGGACUCCAGGGCUGUACUGGGUACAAGGGACAAGGAUGACUCUCUUGUUGCAGUUCAGUUGACCGUUGAUCUCAAACCAAAUCUUCCAGCGGAAGCGGAAAGAAUUAGGAAGUGUAAAGGGCGCGUUUUUGCUCUUCAGGAUGAACCUGAGGUAGCUAGGGUCUGGCUACCAAACAAUGACUCUCCUGGCCUUGCCAUGGCACGAGCUUUUGGAGAUUUUUGCCUGAAGGAUUUUGGCCUUAUCUCUGUGCCUGAUAUAUCCUUCCGGCGCCUGACCGAUAAGGAUGAGUUUAUAGUUUUGGCCACUGAUGGGAUUUGGGAUGUUCUCUCAAAUAAAGAAGUGGUAGACAUUGUAGCAUCAGCCCCAGCACGUUCUUCUGCAGCGAGAGCCUUGGUUGAGUCAGCAGUUCGAGCUUGGAGAUGCAAGUAUCCAACUUCCAAAGUGGAUGAUUGUGCUGUAGUUUGCCUCUUCCUUGGCACUAGCAAUUUAUCCACUGCAUCCAACGCUAAUACAAAAGAGCAGCAGCCUACUUCAGUGGAUCAAACUGACAUUGACAAUCAGAAAGAGGGUGAUCUCUCUGGUCCGACAGGAUUGGCCCGCUCAGGUACUGUGCGGACUGGGAAAGAGGCACUCUUAGAUGGAAGUGCAGAAGAGGAUUCCUCGAAGCAAGAUGAAAUGCAAUUGGAAUCGGGGAUAGAGUGGUCUGCGCUAGAAGGAGUUUCUCGUGUCAACACCCUGUUAAAUUUGCCAAGGUUUGUGCCUGGAAAGGAAGACAAGAAGGCUGCUGGAGAGACAAUGACUCGGAAAUGACAAAAGAAAGGUUUUGUUAGUCCUGGAUUUUCUUAAUUAAUUUCUAUUCUUUCUUUUCCUUAUUUCUGUUUGGUUUAUUUGUCGACAGAAGCAGGGAAAAAAAGUUGUAGGGCCAUUAAAUGAUAAAUUUGGACAGGAGAGGUUGGCCCAGCUAUAUUAGUGUGUCUGGGAAAUCAUCCUUUCUCUCUCUAGUGUGGGUAGAAUUGGAAUUUUGUAAAUCCAACUCUCCGUCUAUUUUCUUUUUGGGUGUGAUCUGUUGGUUUUGUUCGUGUUGAUUAUAAUUUUGUGACAAUGACGCAUCCUUCAAGUUUCAACUUGAUUUUUCUUUGAUAAUGUGAUGUUCAGAUGUGAACUCUUUAUGCA